AUGGCAUCUUUGUUCGAUUGGGGUGCGAAAGACAGUCAUAGAGGAACACCGGUGGUUGUGAAAAUGGAGAAUCCGAAUUGGUCCAUGGUUGAACUCGAAGGUCCUUCAGAGGAAGAUCUUCUCUUGACAAACCCUUCUUCAAGAGACAAAGGAAGAGGAAAAAACGCCAAACAACUCACUUGGGUUCUUCUCCUGAAAGCUCAUAGAGCUGCGGGUUGUUUAACUUCAAUAGCGCCUGCAUUGUAUGGACUUGUCUCCGCCGUGAAACGCCGUGUGGCUUCCGGAAGAACGGACGCCGAAAUCGACACGGAGGGUGGUGCUGGCGAUGGUGGUUGGGAAAAGGAAAACCCUACUGUGAAAAGUAGGUUCUAUACAUUUAUCAAAGUGUUUCUAUCUUUGUCGGUGUUUUUGUUGUGUUUUGAGGUUGUUGCUUAUUUUAAAGGUUGGCAUUUUAGUGCUCCGCAUCUUGAAUUAUGGGCACCGGCAUUUGGGGUUAAGGAUGUUUUUGAUUGGUUUUAUGCUAGAUGGGUUUUGGUUCGUGUUGAUUAUCUUGCUCCACCUUUGCAAUUUCUCACAAAUGCUUGUAUUGUGCUCUUCCUCAUUCAGAGUAUAGAUAGGUUGGUGCUUUGUUUAGGUUGUUUUUGGAUCCGGUGUAAGAAAAUCAAACCUGUUCCAAAAGGUGGUGGUGGUGGUGUUUCAGAUCUUGAAUCUGGAGAAAAGGGUUUCUUCCCUAUGGUACUUGUUCAGAUCCCCAUGUGCAAUGAGAAAGAGGUUUAUCAACAAUCUAUUGCUGCAGUGUGUAAUUUGGAUUGGCCAAAAUCCAAUUUUCUGAUUCAAGUUCUUGAUGAUUCGGAUGACCCCAUAACACAAUCGUUGAUUAAAGAAGAGGUUCAAAAAUGGCAACAAGAAGGUGCCAACAUUUUGUACCGACACCGUGUGAUUCGAGAUGGGUACAAGGCUGGUAAUCUGAAAUCUGCAAUGAAUUGUAGCUAUGUGAAGGAUUAUGAAUUUGUUACAAUUUUUGAUGCCGACUUUCAACCUACCCCUGAUUUCCUUAAAAAAACUGUUCCUCAUUUUAAGGAUAAUGACGAAUUAGGACUUGUUCAAGCUAGAUGGUCUUUUGUGAACAAAGAUGAAAACCUUUUAACAAGGUUGCAGAAUAUUAAUUUGUCUUUCCAUUUUGAAGUGGAGCAACAAGUGAAUGGUGUUUUCCUUAAUUUCUUUGGCUUCAAUGGAACGGCUGGAGUUUGGAGAAUAAAAGCUUUGGAAGAAGCCGGUGGUUGGUUGGAGAGGACCACUGUGGAGGAUAUGGACAUUGCCGUUCGAGCUCAUCUCCAUGGUUGGAAAUUCAUUUUCCUAAAUGAUGUUGAGUGCCAAUGUGAGUUACCUGAAUCUUAUGAAGCUUACAGAAAGCAGCAGCAUAGAUGGCAUUCUGGGCCAAUGCAGUUGUUUCGCCUUUGUUUGCCCGACGUCAUACGAGCAAAGAUAAGCAUAUGGAAGAAAUUCAACAUGAUAUUUCUCUUUUUCCUUCUUAGAAAACUGGUGUUACCAUUCUACUCAUUCACCCUGUUCUGCAUAAUUCUACCCAUGACAAUGUUCGUGCCGGAGGCUGAAAUUCCUGCCUGGGUUGUUUGUUACAUCCCAGCAGUCAUGUCAUUUCUCAACAUUCUUCCAGCACCAAAAGCUUUUCCCUUCAUAGUCCCUUACCUCCUAUUUGAGAACACCAUGUCAGUCACAAAAUUCAAUGCCAUGAUCUCAGGCCUGUUCCAGCUCGGAAGCGCGUACGAAUGGGUCGUCACUAAGAAAUCCGGCCGUUCAUCAGAGGGCGAUCUAGUUUCCUUGGUCGAGAAACCAAAGCAUCAAAGAGGGUCAUCAGCACCUGAUCUCGAGGAAAUGAAAGAAGAAAUUAGGAAACAAGAAGAAAAGGUGACGAAGAAAAAGAAGAAACAUAACAAAAUGUAUAUGAAGGAACUUGCUUUGGCUUGUUUACUCUUAACAGCUUCAGCAAGAAGUCUCCUUUCAGCUCAAGGAAUUCACUUCUACUUCUUGUUAUUCCAAGGAGUAUCAUUCCUUUUGGUGGGUCUAGAUUUGAUUGGUGAACAAGUAGACUGA